GAUUGUCGGACCAUCAAAUAUAACUUCAAAAAUAUUAACUUAACAUAUAUGAUUAUAUUCAACAUCUCUCUUAUUUUUUCUUCUAUAUAACACCUUUCUUUUCUGUUUUUUUUCAUUGCAUUCUUCUCUUAUUUAUUUUAUUUUCCCAUAAAACCCUCUUCCUCUUUUCCUACCAAAAGUUUUUUCAUCAAAGCUUUUGCAAAGGAAGAGAAAGGGACAAAAGUGUAAAUUCACUUUGUUAGUUGUUAUACGUAAGAAAAUAGUAAUGGGAAACUGCGGUCUUAAGCCUUUGACAACCGAAGCAGAAGAAGUCCCAGCACCGGAGCAAAAGACUACGGUGGAGGAAAGAGAAAUUGAAGUUGAUCAAAACAAGGUAAUUGAUGCUGUUCAUCAUCAAUCCAAGGCUCCAUUAUCUCUCGCUGAAAUGUUGGAGGAUGAAGGAAAGAAGCCAGAAGCCGAAGGAGCCGAGAAGCCAGCCGAGGUGGCGAAGCCCAUAGAGCCGGUAAAGAUUGAAGAAGUAGCCAAGGAAGUAGCUGUUGAGACAAAGAAAGAAGAAGCUCCAAAGCCAGUUGUUGAGCCGCCUAAGCCGGAGGCCUCGGCGCCGAAGCCAGCCGAGACAAAGCCGGCUGUUAUUGCCCCAGCCGUAGAGAUCACUAAGCCGGCUAUUACGCCAGCCGUAGAGAUCACUAAGCCGGCUGUUACACCAGCCGCUGUUCCAGUCACAGCUGAGAAGAAACCUGUGGCUAAGUGAAAAUAAUAACACACCUAAUUAAUGGUGAUUAUAAGGAUUGUUAUUACAAAAAAAAAAAAAAAAAAUGAGAUAAACUACAAAGAAAAAAAAGGGUAAAAAAUAAGUUUAUGAUUGGAUAGGAAUAUUUUGUUAAUCAAGAAUUAGUUUUAUUUGGAAUUUAUUAAAUAUUUUGAUUUGUCCAUUGCUUUUUUAUCUCAUGUUGUGUUUUUGGAUGGAGAUCGAACUAUUUCAUGUAUUUGUUAUUUUUUUGUCUUCGAUUUGUCCUUUGUAAACACUUUGGGUAUGUUGGAUUGUUCAGACUUCAAAUCGGUCUUAUUGUCAUAUUCUCUAUCUUUAUUUUAA